AUGAUCUUAAUCAUGAUUUAUAGGCUACAGCGGACCGUCACUUCAUUCUGAAUCAGCCUGAAUAGCGUGCAACUUCUGAAGGGAAAUAACAGAAAAACCUUUUACUCGGUAAAGGACAGAUGGAUGGAGAGACAGGCAGAAGAAGGGCUCUGUGAUGAAAAGAGCAACCUCCCUUUGGAAUGAACAAAAAAUGAUGAAUGUGCUUUUUCCCUGAUUGGUCCAGCAAAACAGAAAAGACUCCACUCCACUUAGCGAGGACAUCUGAGAACAGAACUGAACAAUGACAGUGAACAAUGGCACAUAAUUACAAAUAAAUCUUUGUAAGGCUUCUCAUUCUGUGUGAGGAACAGGAAAGUCAGAUAUUUUGCAAGCUUGCAUGCCAUGAAAGAGGAUUUGAAACACUGGCUUGUGACUGAAGUGGCUCGUUGGAAUUCAUGAGGAAUGUAGAUGAGACAUCUUAUAGCUUUUCGAUUCUGAGGGCCAUUUUAUUGACUUUUUUUUUUGCCAAUUAAAAUUUUUCAAGCACUUCCUGGCACAUCUUUUUACUGAUUGGAACCUCCCUACGAAUCUCAACUUUCCUGAACAUUCUGCAUGGAUUGUCGGUCCCAGAAUAAAUCCGCUCAUGAUGAACAGCGUUGCAUCUCACUGAUUCUCAGACACCAACCCAAUGAGAAGUGGAGUCAACAGCAGGAAAGAGAUCCAGUCAGUCAAUGUGGAGUCCAUUAUCCUUCACUGCCAGAUCUCCCUCAGAGCUGAAACAGCACCUACUCAGCUUUGGUGUCAGAAGGUAAAAGAAAACGUGCCACAAGACCAAAUGGACUUCUGAAUCAUCUGGUGUAAAGAACCAUUAUAUUGGUUGAAUUGUGCUAUAAAAGGCAAGUCGAGGCUAGGAGUGCUUGCUAGUUGCAUGAUGGCUCCUGAAGGUAUAGGAGAGCUUCGAGACUUACUUUUCUUCCUGCUCCUGUGCAUCACAUUAUUGGCUGAGCUUCUGGAGACGACUGCAGCUUCUUCGCAGGGCCUUGAUGGUGAAGGUGACAUAGUGUGCCCGUCUGUGUGUCGCUGUGAUGAGGACUUUAUUUACUGCAACGACCGCGGAUUGAGCGCAAUCCCACCUCUGCCACCAUCUGCAACUGUCCUUUAUCUCCAGAACAAUCACAUUGACAAUGCAGGGCUUCCUAGGUCCUUGGAGCAUCACACCACCGUGCGUGUUAUAUAUCUCUAUGAUAACGAGCUCGAUGACUUUCCCAUGCAUUUGCCACCUUCAUUAAGAGAGCUUCACCUCCAGGACAACAACAUUCGAGUUUUGCCAAGGGCUACACUUGCUAGACUUCCACUCCUUGAAAAGUUGCAUCUGGACGACAACUCUGUUUCUACAGUGAGUAUUGAGGACCAGGCCUUUUCAGACAACCCUCGGUUACGUCUUCUCUUCCUCUCCAGAAACCACCUUUCCAGCAUCCCAUCUGGUCUUCCUGCCUCACUUGAAGAACUCCGUUUAGACGACAACCGAAUCUCUACUAUUCCUACUCAUGCCUUCCGGGGAUUGUCCUCUUUACGUCGCCUGGUCUUGGAUGGUAAUCUUUUAGCUAAUCAACGCAUUGCUGAUGAUACCUUCUCACGCUUGUCAAACUUAACAGAACUUUCCCUGGUCCGUAAUUCACUUCAAACACCCCCGCUUAACUUGCCCAGUGCCCACCUGCAGAGACUAUCCCUUCAGGACAAUAACCUCAUACACAUGCCUCGGGGCUCACUUGAUGGAAUGCGCAGACUACAGCGCCUAGAUCUUUCGGGAAACAAUCUGACCACCCUUCCCAGAGGAUUGUUCAGGGACUUGGAGAGCCUGGGACAGCUGCUUGUGAAAGGAAACCCAUGGCAUUGUGGGUGCAACUUGCGCUGGCUGCACGACUGGCUGGAAGCAAAAGGGAAUUCAAUUACAGUUAGAGGCUUUAUCUGCCAGACACCAGAGCGAAUCCGAGACAUGGCGCUUAGAGACCUCACGAAUCAGAUGGAUGAAUGUGAGUUGGCUACUGCUGGUGGUGGAGGAGUAGGUACAGGAGUCGGCAUUGGUGGUAACAGGGUGAGUGGAGGAGCCGCAGGAGCCAUUUCUACAACUCUUUCACCCCCUCAAGGGUCCCUGUUUACUCUCAGGUCCAAGCGACCAAGCCUCAGUCUCCCAGAAACAGGGCUGGACUACACAUUAAGCAGCAGCGGUGUGGGCAAAAACCUGGCCCUGAAUGUGAAACCCCUUUCCCACAACAGUAUCCGUGUUACCUGGAGCGUAGCUCAAACAUCUUCUUCCUUUCGAUUAAGCUGGCUUCGCCUAGGAACCAGCUCUGCUAUGGGGUCCAUCACAGAAACCUUGGUUAGGGGUGAUCGGCGGGAGUAUCUUCUCACUUCCCUGCAGCCUGCUUCCAGCUACAUUAUCUGUAUGGUGCCUCUAGUGUCUAACAGUGGAAGCAGGGGUAGUUUGCCUGGGGGGGACACAGAACCAAACGAGGUUCCAGUUUGUGCCAGAACAGAAACGUCUGAUCCUGGCCACACUGAUGAUGAAGGUGAAGAUGACAGCUCUGAUCAAAUGACUUCUCUUCCACUUGCUGGAAUUAUUGGAGGUGCUUCGGCAAUAGUUUCCCUUGCUCUAAUCAUUGCCAUUUUCUGCUGGUAUGGGCACCGUGCAGGACAUUUCACAUCACGAGACCGUUACAGCCAUGGUAGCUCUCGCAAGAGCAAACACUGUGAUGACUACAUUGAGUCAGGCACAAAGAAAGACAACACUAUCUUAGAGAUCAGAGGUCCAGGAUUUCAGAUGACACCAAUGGCAACAAGACAGCCCCUUCAACCGAAACCAGUGAGAGAGGAUUACAUUAUACACACCAUUUACCCCUCGAAUGGCACAGGUCUAUACAAACCAUCCCAAAACAUGACCAACUCUGGCUGCGGUACCAAUCGUGGCUAUAGAGAAGGAGGCAUUCCAGAUAUAGAUUACUCUUACACAUGAUAGCUUUGAUUUAGAAACCAUAAUUAGGAGUCAUAUACUGCAUAGAUACACAGUUUUUAAUGAACAUGGGCUCUGCAGAAUCCCCUUUGUGCCUUCGGGUCUCCAUUACAAUGUAGCCUGCUGUUCAUGACACUAUAAAACUUUUAACUGGCCCAGAUGCUUAGAGGAAGCAUUGUAAAUGUGGUGCCAGGAGGCGGGGAUGCCGUUUCAGGUGGUGAUACCAAAUGCUAUUUUCACCUCCCGGUGUAAUGACCAGUGUCCCUGGAUUCAAGGGCAGCCCACACCGCAUUCAGCCCACAGACUGUUCAUAAAGCUCAGUGCAUAUAUGGGAGAGAGGCAGUCUUCUCAGAGGAAAUAACCAACCCGCUGUACAUUUUAGUCUUUGUCUCCUAUGAGAUGAAGCUCCCAAGUAAAGGGUUUGAACAAGGAUUGACAAGAAUCCUGCAUCAAGCAAGAAAACCUCUGGAAACUGGAAAUUUGUUGUUGCAAGUGAUUUUUCCUGGGAAAUGUUCACAUGCAGUUUUUUAUUUUAUUUUAUUUUUUGGAGAUAUGAGAUGCAGAACACGACUACUAUUCCUAAUAAAUGUGGAGUGUAUGGACCAAGCAGAGACAUUGCCCUCAAAAACUACAGCAAGGUUUGAAAUGCCUCAAAAACUAAAUUCAUUUGAAUUCUUAUACACUUGAAAACUGCCUGAUGCUACAAUGAUAACGUCCACCAAGCGUUAUGUUGACUGUUCUAGUUUCAGACUGGUGUAAAGUUGAGAGGAUGAAUGAAACUUGUUUUUGUGUCUUGAGGAACUUUAAAUUUUUAAAAAUUACAACUUAACCCUGGUGUGUUGAUAGAGACAAACAAUGAAAAAUAUUUUUUAUUUAAAUGUUUUGUUUUGUUUUGAUUUUGUUUGCUUUUUUUAAACUGGUUUCACUUUAAUUUCGAAGUCAUAUAGCCCUGCUGAUAGUUAUAUUAUAAUUUCAAACAAGAGUAUCACUAAUGUAAAAGAUCAUUUUCCUACAAAAACACAAAACUUGCUUGUUUUCAAUAGAUUGUCCCCUAUAAUGCACAGAGGAUAAACCAAUGCUCUGUUAAGGUGGCUCAUUCUUUGUUUGUUACUUAGUCAAAUUCUUAGCACAAAAUUUAAUUCUAUGAAUCACUUACACCUCCAAAUGUCACUGUAGAUAAAGAUAUGGCCUCGCUGCUAACCACAGCGGUUGUUCUGCGAUUCUUAGGGAGAAGAGGAAGGGUGUUCGAGGGGAAACCAGGAAUGAACCAUAACACUGUGGACCAUCACUGUGGGAGAUAGAGAGUGCAUCAGAAUGCUGUAUAAUUUUGUAAGAAGGAUGCAUUUUUGACUUAAAAAAAUAAUAAUUCCUUGUGUAGAAAUUAAGAAUUUUGUCAGUGUCUUCAACCCAUUAAUUUAAGCCAACAGCAGAAUGGUUCUAAGGUAGACAGAUAGAAAAGUAAUGUGUGCAAUUUUUCUUACGAAAGAGCCACCAUGACAUUUCUGUUCUGCUCUGCUGUAUUCAUGUAUUUGAGAAUGUAAGACAGCUUACACUGCCUUGUAUUUUAUGUACUAUUUGGCAUUGUUGUGUACUUGUCAAAAACAGGAAAGGAAAGAUUGAUAGACAGAGAAAGAGAUAGAGAUAGAGACAGAAGUAGAAUGUUCUAAACUGAUCAAGAGCAAGAGAUUAUACACAUAAAACAUGGAUUUGAUAUUGAAGUGGAGGUCUAACGGAAAUGAAGCCUGUGGUGUUGAACCAUGCAUGAAAUGUUUUUUCAUCUUUUUGCUGUCUGCUGUCGUGCUGGCACUUUGUCUUACGCCUUUCCCUCCAACAAAGGACUACUCCUAACUUCUGUUUCAGAGAUGGGAAUGAAUCAAGACUUCAUGGUGUUUCAGUAUGCACUGGUCUUUUUUAAUAUAUAUAUAUAACCGAAACAGUUUUGCUGUUAAUGAUCUCCUUAAAACAGAUGGUUCACCAAAAAUGGAAAUUGUGUCAU